CUGUCUGUGAGUGUAGUAUGUGGACUGCAAACAGGGUUACCCAGCGUUCUUGACAGGCACUUACGCGCAGACCUGCACUUUGAUGUACAGACACUGACCGCAGAGACCUGUGCGCUGACUGAUCGCUGGAAAUCUCGGCUUUGGGCUCAUUAUGUCCUGGAAGUGAAACCCCCAGAUACCUGCUUUCUGUGUGGCAUCCGGAGGAUAUCAGGAUAAAAUAUGAAGGAUUUGGCAGCUAUGGAUCAUACAAGCAACGAGGCCUUAAAACUCUUGAAGCAGCUGAAUUUACACCUAGAGCUGGAGUCCAAAUAUCAGCCCAGGGAGAAGGGCUUGAUCCUCAUCGAGUCCACAGUAGAGAAUGAUAACACAAUCUGUCCGAGGCUGAGGAAUGCAAAAGUGGAAGAUUUAUGGAGUCUGACAAACUUUUUUGAUCUGACUAUGGAAACGUUUGUGUUGGCUGUUAACAUUUUGGACAGAUUCUUGGCAGUCAUGAAGGUGAAACCAAAGCAUUUGUCUUGCAUCGGAGUCUGCAGCUUUCAGUUGGCAGCCAGAGUUGUGGAGGAAGACUGCAAUAUUCCAUCUGUUCACGAUGUGAUCCGUAUCAGCCAGUGUAAAUGCACUGUGUCAGACAUGAAACGCAUGGAAAAGAUCAUUUCAGACAAAUUGCACUUUGAAUUCAAAGCUACAACUGCCUUAACAUUUUUGCACUUGUAUCACACAAUAGUCCUCUGCCAUUCCUCUGAGAGGAAAGAAGUAUUAAACCUGGACAAACUGGAAGCUCAGCUGAAAGCUUGCAAUUGUCGUCUCAUUUUUUCAAAAGCAAAACCCUCAGUGUUAGCCUUGUGCCUUCUUACUCUUGAAGUAGAAACCUUAAAGUCUCUAGAACUAUUUGAAAUUGCUCUUCGCGUACAAAAGCAUUCCAAGGUCAGUGAUGAGGAUAUGCUGUACUGGAGAGAGCUAGUGUCAAAAUGCCUGGCAGAUUAUUCUUCUCCUGAGUGCUGCAAGCCGGAUCAUAGGAAACUGGUAUGGACUGUGUCCCGACGUACAGCUCAAAACCUGCACAAUAGCUACUACAGUGUUCCAGAGUUGCCAACCAUUCCAGAGUGUGGCUGUAUAAAUGAAAGUGAAAGUGAGGAUUCGUGUGAAGAGAUGAGCAGUGGCGAAGACAGUCUGAGCAGCUCUCCACCAAGUGACCUAGAAGCAUCUUUCUUUUUUGAUAAUUGCAAACCAAGGCUAAAAAGACUGACUCGUCAUCUGUACCCUUUGUAGCAAAGGACAUUCUGUAGUUUUAUAAAAUAAUCCAAGUAUGACGUGGGUGAUUGAAGAAAAAUGGAAGAUAUCACUGUUUAAACUUCUCUUUUAUGUUUGCCAAUAUUUCAGAAAAGUUCUCUAACCAAUACUGUUAUCUGUAGCAUGAAAUGGCUGUUUUAUUUUCAAAUAUCAUUUUUUUUGCUAAGUAAAGUAUUUGUUUUGUGCCAUGUUAUUCUCUUGUCGCACCUGUUCAUUUUGCCACCAUUUAGAUGGCCUUAGAAUCCUUUAAAUUACUCCAGUUUUUCUCCAAUGAAACUGAUCAAUUGGAAUAUAAAUGUUUUCUAAGCUGCAGUUCAGCUGAACGCAGUUAUGCAAAGCAGUACUUAUGUUAAAUGUAUGUGUUAACUCUUACAUUCCUGAUCAAGCUAAUGCAUUGUAAAAUGUUUACCUUUUGUUUUGUUUUUUUUAAUUUUUUUUGCAUGGCCUUUACUUUAGUUGUGUUAAUGCCAAACAUAUCCUAUAAUCUAUAUAUGGAACUUAUAAUUAUUAUAACCAGUGCAAUCUAGUGCUCAUAAAAUAGUUAAUUUAAAUAUUCAUAUGCCAUGUUAAUUACCAUGUUUUCUUUGGCUUUAUGAAUGCCAUUUAUAAAAAAAAAAAAAAAAAAAAAAA